ACAAGUUCAAAUUUGAUAUUUAGUAAUAUUUCCGGUUACAAAAUCGUAAACAAAGACGAUGUUGUGCUAACUACAUCGUAGAAUAGUCGGUACCAGCAAAAAAAGAGACAUUUAAGAGCUGAUAACUAGAAAUCUGUCAAACGAAUGCCGUGCCACAUUCUUACGUCCGCCACCAAAAAUAGAUUUUGGUUACGAAAUGUGGUGGUGCAAUGAGGAGGAAGGACCGAUAUAAAAGCCACAGUGAUUCUGCGAUUCGUUACAGUUCGAUAAGGAAGGGACAUCUAUAUAACCAAAUUGAUUUGAUUGCUCAGUAGGUCGAAUUCUUGAGGAAUUUUUUUUUUUCGUUAAAUCAAUGGCAUUUAAAGCAAGGUCGUCUGCUGUGUCAGUUUUUGACGAAGAACUAAUGAAUGACUUCCUGCGAAAUGUUCGCAUUGUCGGCAAAGAUCUUAAAAGUGGAGACAGCGAUGAGAAACAAGAGCAAGUGGUGGAAAAGAAACUUAUUAGGAAAAAUGAAUCAUAUGCUGGAGAGAAACUUGGAAUGAGCUGCUCCAUUUGCCAAGUAACUUUUGACUCAGUUGAAAUUCAGAGAGAGCAUUUCAAGUUAGAUUGGCAUAGAUUUAACUUGAAACAGAAAAUUCUAGACAAGCCUAUUAUGUCAGAGGAGGCAUUUGAGGAAACUAUUUCAGGAGAGCUAUCAAGUAUUUCUGGUUCUGACAGUGAUACAGACAAUGAUGAUGGUGAUUUGAUGCUAGAAUCAAGUCAGUGCAGUAAACCGUCCAUCAACAGUCUCCUGCCUGAGCAAAAUAUUAACAGUGAGACACACACAAGUCUUAGGCGGCAACACCCAAAGGUUUUUUUUGUGAAUGGAGAUGGAGAAGUGAUGUCAGUUUAUCGCAGUGUUUUGUAUUCCAUUCAGAACAUCCCAACCACUCCACAAGACACGUUGUCACUGUUUACAAGUCUAACAAUGAAAUGUUACUGGAUUGUGUUGAUGACGGCUGGUGGCCAUUUUGCUGGAGCAGUUUUUAAAGGAAACGAAGUUUUGAUCCACAAAACAUUCCAUCGAUAUACAGUCAGAGCAAAACGAGGAACAGCGCAGGGUGCCAGAGAUUCACAGCAAGGCGGGAAGCAACCAAAGUCUGCCGGGGCUAGUUUAAGGAGACAUAAUGAAGCUGCCCUCUUCCAGGAGGUUCAGGAUCUCCUCGAGGCGUGGUCACAGCACGUGGAAAAAUGCCACAGGAUUUUCAUUCGAACACCAGCUUAUAACAAAGCGAUGUUCUUUGGAGGAAGAAAACCACCCUUCAAGAGAGAUGAUGCGCGCAUCAGAACGAUCCCAUUCGCAACCAGAAGACCGACAUUCAACGAAGUGAAGCGAGUCCAUCAGGAGUUAUCCAGUGUGCAGUUACUGGGGAAGGACAGUGAUGUAGAACUACAAGACCUUCUAAUGAAUUUGACUCAUAAUAAAGCAAAGGAAAAUGUGCCAGCAGUUGACGACGGCGAUAAAAUUCGUUCAUGGCAGGCAAGUCAGGCCGUCGCCAGCGACAAUGAGGUAGCAAUUGACUCUCAAGAACGAAACAUUUCACUUGAACGCAGUGAUGAAGGUCAGCCUGAUUCAGGUUCUACAACAAAAGUUCAAGAAGCGCCGAAGAAAACGAAAAAGAAGAAAGCAAAAAAUAUUAAGAAGGAGUCCGUUGAUGGGCUUCAAAAUGCAGAAGUUUCCCCAGAGAGGCGCCUAUGGAAUCGGCUUUACUGCGCUAUUGUGUCUGCAAAUAUAGGAGUAAUUUCUUCACUUCUUGGCGGAAGUGUCCAAAGCAACGGAAAAGCUUGUAUAAACACUGAGUCAGCAAGCGUACUUCAGGAAAAAAAUGAGAGUAUGGAGGAAACCACGAAGUCUGGUGUAUUAGAAAUCGAAAUUAACGAUUCAGUAACAAGUGAGGAUGAAGGAAAUAAGACAAGUGAUGAUUUGAAAACUGACUCUAAUAUUAAUAGGAGUGUAAAAUGCACGAAAACUGAUACAAUCGAGGAACUGGCAAGUUCAGGGAUUAGUAAUGAAUUUGAAGAUUCUCCAUCGCGGAACGGAGAAUUGUCUUCCGCAAGGAUUUUGGACGUUAUCAAUGAACAGUUUGGCGAAGGAGGUGACACGCUUCUUCACGUAGCAUCACGCUCGUCACGAAGGGAAAUUGUGUUGCGGCUGCUGGAGUGUGGUUCUGAUCCUGCUGUGAAGGAUGAAAAGGGGAGGACUCCAUAUGCCGUCGCCGGCGACAAAGAAACACGGAAUGAAUUCCGACGGUUUAUGGCUUGCCACCCAGAUCGUUAUGAUUAUGUUAAAGCACAGAUUCCAAGUGCACUUACACCAGAAAUGGAAAGUGAAAAGGAGAAACGGAAUGCAGAAAGGAAGAAAGCGCAGAAAAAGGCGCAAAAACAGAGGGCCAAGGAACAAAAGGCUAUUGAGCGAAAGAAAGAAGAGGAGGAAAAAGAAAAGAGAGCAUAUCAAGCUUUAAGCGACCGAGAGAAGCGGGCCCUUGCAGCCGAGAAAAGAUUCGCUCAACAACAGGCAGCCAAACAAGCAGGGGUCACCUCUAGCUGUGCGUGGUGCAGUAAAAGUUUGGUUGGCCAAGUUCCCUUUGAGCGGCUCACGCAUAAGUACUGCUCUACAGCUUGUGUGAAGGCUCACAGACUGGAAAUAGAAUCUCAACAAAGAUAGCAGGGCGUUGGCAGUUAACCAGCCUCUCUUAUUCCAGAAACUUUAUAAACUGAGGAUAACCUUCUGUCGUUGCUGAUGUAUAAUUCUCGAAAGAGUUUCGCAGUGAGGAGCAAGUGUGUUGGAAUGCUAAAAUCUAGUCUCUUGGAAGGUUAUCUUGAAUAAAUUGUAUCACAAGAGUGACAUGACAAAUCA